AUGAAACAGUUUCUGGACUUUGGGUCAGAAAAUGCGUGUGAGAAAACCUCCUUCGCCUUCCUCAGGCAAGAGCUGCCAGUGAGAUUGGCCAAUACAAUGAAAGAAAUCAAUUUACUGCCAGAUAACUUGCUGAGGACCCCUUCAGUGCGUCUAGUCCAGAGCUGGUACAUGCAAAGUUUUCAGGAGAUUCUUGAGUUCAAAGAGAGGAAUGCAGACGACGAAAAGACCAUCUUUGAUUUCACAGACGCUGUCAUACAGAUCCGUAACCGCCAUAAUGAUGUGAUUCCUACCAUGGCGCAGGGGGUGGUGGAGUACAAGGACUCUUAUGGCAUGGAUCCAAUUGUGAGCCAAAAUGUUCAAUAUUUCCUUGAUCGUUUCUAUAUGAGUAGAAUCUCCAUCCGAAUGCUUCUUAAUCAACACACCCUUCUCUUUGGUGGAAAGGUGAAGGUGAACCCAGCGCACCCUAAACAGAUUGGGAGUAUUGACCCACACUGUCGGGUCAGUGAUGUCAUUAGGGAUGCCUUUGAAAAUGCAAGGAAUCUCUGUGACCGCUACUACAUGAACUCUCCUGAACUUAUAUUGGAAGAAUAUAAUUCAAAAGAAAUUGAUAAACCCAUAACAGUGGUUUAUGUUCCUUCUCAUUUGUACCACAUGGUGUUUGAACUUUUCAAGAAUGCCAUGCGUGCCACAAUGGAAUUAUAUGGGGAUUCUAUGGAGUAUCCUUCAAUCCAGGCACAUGUUUCUCUGGGCACAGAAGACCUAACAGUAAAGGUGAGUGAUCGCGGUGGCGGUGUUCCACUGAGAAAGAUCGACAGGCUGUUCUCUUAUACAUACUCCACUGCCCCCAAACCGGACAUGGACCGUUCUGACGCUGUACCACUGGCUGGAUAUGGCUAUGGUUUGCCCAUUUCUCGUCUUUACGCCCGAUACUUCCAAGGAGACCUGAAGCUUUACUCUUUGGAGGGAUUUGGGACUGAUGCAAUAAUCUAUAUACGGGCAUUGUCCACAGAGUCAAUAGAACGGCUGCCAGUGUACAACAAGUCUGUAUGGAAACACUACAAAACCAUCCACGAAGCUGACGACUGGUGUGUUCCCAGCAAAGAGCCCAAGGACAUGACCACCUACCGGAACUUCUAG